AUGACUCCGCAAGAAAUCAACACAUCUGUAGCCACAAAAUCCUCCGAUGCAUCACUCAACCCCGCCAAAGACUCGCCCGUGAAUUUGUCGCCAAAAACGGACGAACUCUCAAACAUUACGGUAGCAGUGCUAGACUCGGACUCUUUUCGUCCGCAAACCGUUCAAUUCUCCCUACCCUCGCCAACUAAUACUGUAUCUACAAGUCCAAUAACCCUCCAGUGCAUGGAACUACCGUCUGAUAUUCUUGUCGCGCUCAAGGAUCGCAAGCGAGAAAUGGAAGACUUGGCAAUAGUAAACAAGGACUUUUUCGAAUUGAUUAGAUGUUACUUGGACGAGGAUGAAGUGUGGGAAAAGUUUGUGACACUGUUGUACACACCGAGAGAAGUACUCCCGGACGGUGAAUGGAUGGAUGCAGUGGCCAAGUACCUACGACCCAAUCGACCAUUGUUUGAAAGAUUCCGUGAAAUGGUUGGUUACGAUUUAGAGACGGAUCUGAGCGAUCCAGAGAAUGAUGAAGAGCAAGAGGCUGUCGAUCACGCAGACGAGGGCGAGGACGACCGUGACGACGACGAUGGCUACGGCUACGGGAGGGAUGCGGGUAUCAGACAGAUCAGGGACUAUCCGGAAAAGUUGGCUAGUUUUGAAGAAACAUAUCCGAAAUUUUUCGACAAUUUAAGGAGGUUUUUGAGUUACGAAUGUCGACGUGGAAUGUACAAUACCGAGCGGAGGUCUUCGUCUGCUUCACUAAUCUCACCGACUUCACCAUCAUUCGCCUCGCAUAUAUCGGCAUCAUACAAGCGUGAUACGUCCCGUUCCAAUUCUCCCCCUUCUCCCGCGACGAAUAUACAUUCUCGUCAAUUUCCCGACUAUGAUUCCGACGACAACGACAACACUCCCGAGUCUCUGGUCAACCACUUGAUAUCAUCUCAGAUAACUGAACAAGCAAUCGAGGAUACAGAUCUGUAUAAUAGAUUUUUAGAUAUAUUUUUCACGUCUAGACGUUUGAUGAAUGAUGAUGAAUGGGAGAAUGCAGUGUAUGAUAUACUGUCUGACUGCCCUGAUUUACUGAGUGAAUUGGAGGAUAUCGUGAAAUACGAUAUUGAUAUGCAGGGCGACUAUGUCGAACUGGUUGGGUAUGAAAAAGGAAUAAUCGAGUAG